ACCAAAACCAAACCCUUCCCAAGCCUAAUUUCAAACCCUUCAGGUAACUGGACCUUGGGAAAUGGGCUGGAUUGGAUCCAAAUUAAUUACGGGCCGACCCAUUUAGACAAUCGGCCCAUUUACGUAACGGGGAUCUGCCCAAAACCAACCUCUCAUUUGCCCCUUAUCUAUGGUGAAUAUAUAGCAAUUGCACACUGAGAACACCAUUAAUUUGUGUGUCGACGUGUGAAAUGCCGCACAGCCAUUGAAAAACAUCUUCUUCUUGCUGUUUUCGAGCAUGUCGAGUUCAAUUCAUUUAAUCUACAAUACAGUUCCAGGAUAUGGGCCAUCAGAUGGAUGUCUCCCUUGCUCCGGAGUUUCAGGAGCAGCAGUGAGCAUAUCACCUAGCACUUCUCGCGGUGACCACAAAGUCAUUUUUGAUGUCAAGAUUUUAUCUUUGAAAUGUACUUCUGGGGGCAGAGCUUCUGCAUGCAAUGCGAGUUCUGGUAGGUAUUAAAGAUAUCCAGAUUUUUCAAGGCAAAACAAAAGUGGGUUCUCCCGCAGCUGGAACAGGUACAGUGAAGAGAGAGAUGGUUAUGAGAACCUUGAAGAAUCCGAAAUUAUUUCUUCAAAAAAUGGUCCAUUACUUUCUGUCUCUGGAAACCAGAAAUUUUGAGCGACUUCGACUCCAGGUCCUAGGGAAAAGGAUAUUGUUGAAAUAUUUAGAAAGGUCCAGGCUCGUCUUCGUGAAAGAACAGCAGUCAAGGAAGAGAGGAAAAUUGAGGAUACGCAAGGAAAAAGCAAAGAGAGUGAGACUGUUGAUUCUCUUCUCAAGCUUUUAAGGAAACACUCAGCUCAGCAGGGGAAGAAAAACAGCAACAGUGCCAGCACUAGGGACUUUGUCCUUGACCACCCUGAACAGAUAGAUGUCUUUGCUGAAGACAGAAGCACGAGCAUAGUAGACUCUAAUAAUAGUGUGAAGCCUGCGAUGCAACAAAGCCAACCACAUGUUACCAGGCCAGCAUCUAGCUUCCGUAAAAGGUCUCCAGUCCCUCAAGUCAAAUUCCAGCCCAUUUACUCAGACAAGGGCUCUAUUAAAUCUCUCUCACGUGACAAUUUAGAUGGGAAAAACAAGGAGACGGAAUCUAAUGCUGAACCUGAUGUAGAGCCAAUUUUUUCAGAAGGGGACGUGUUUGAUCAGAUGUUGGAAGACGAAACUUCUGAAAUUUUUGAAAGCGACAAUGAUGAAGAUGCGGAAGAAGAGAUCCCGAUCAUAGCCAAUCUAAGUGAAAUGAAGCUCUCCGAGUUGAGAGCUCUUGCGAAAUCUCGUGGCUUGAAAGGAUUCUCAAAGAUGAAAAAGCAAGAGCUCAUUGAGUUGCUAAGUUAAAGCCCAAUCUGAUGUCCAAUCCUGAAGUAAGCCGAAAACUUGAAUCACUUUAACAUGCUGGAAUUUUGUCUACUUGUUCUUUUGUUGUAUACUGUCUCACUUUUGGCUUUUGCAAGAUCUCUUGUUUUCUUUGAAAACCCCCAAAUUAGAUUUUUAGCCGUGGACAAGGAUGUUGGAUUCUUUUACAUCAUGUAAUGUGGGUUACAUCAUCUCAAUUUGUAUUUUUGACUCGACUUGAGAAAGAGGUCUAGCUCGCGUGAAGGUUUUCAGGAUUGGGGAUUAUAGAGCUAGGGGUAAAUUAUUAGUUUGUGUAUCGAGAUUAAAAUACCCUCAUAAGCUGCCGAGGGUAGGGAUAAUCGUCCAGGUCUUCUUAUGAAAAAGUCACCUAGGCCUUUAUUUCACUUAUAAUCAUUUGGGCAGUUUGAUCGAUUA